CACUGGAGAAAGUAGUGAGGAAAACAUUUUUCAUUUCAAUGAAACGGUCUAUUUGCUAAAAAUCUACAUUACCGCGAAAUUGAAAAUAUGUAUAGGAUUUGCUGUUAGGUUUCUAAAGUCUAAGCCACAUUGAAUGGGCGAAUCCGAAUACACAAUUAUAAGGAUGGAGAUGUCAUGUCUGGACCUGGCCCUGAAGGGAGAGCGGCAGUGUAAGGUGGGGGAUUACCAAGCUGGGGUCUCCUUCUUCGAGUCGGCCAUCCAGGUGGGCACAGACGACCUCCAGAUCCUCAGCGCCAUUUACAGCCAGCUGGGCAACGCCUACUUUCACCUGCAGGAGUAUAGCAAGGCUCUGGAAUACCACUGCCAUGACCUCACCCUCACCAGAACCAUUCGGGAUGAACUUGGAGAAGCAAAAGCCAGUGGCAACCUUGGAAACACCCUGAAGGUUCUGGGACGGUUUGAUGAAGCAGUGGUCUGUUGCCAAAGACACUAUGACAUUACCAGAGGGAUGUACGAUAAGGUUGGGCAGGCCAGAGCGCUGUAUAAUUUUGGCAACGUUUACUACUCCAAGGGGAAGAGUAUCUGCUGGACUGGAGCGGAGCCAGGAGAAAUCUCAGAGGAGGCCAAGUUUGCACUAGUCAAAGCCACAGAGUAUUACGAAUUAAACCUGUCCAUUGUGAAGGACUUGGAAGAUCGGGCAGCACAGGGACGAACCUAUGGUAACCUAGGUAACGCAUACUAUCUGCUCGGAAACUUCCAGAAAACUGUGGGGGCCCAUGAACAGCGUCUCCUCAUCGCUAAGGAGUUUGGGGACAGGGCGGCUGAGAGGAGGGCCUACUGUAACCUAGGGAACGCCUACAUCUUCCUGGGCCAGUUUGGAGUGGCAGCUGAACAUUACAAGAGGACUCUGCAGCUGGCCAGGCUGCUGAAGGACAAGGCUGUGGAGGCUCAGGCCUGUUACAGCCUGGGGAACACCUACACACUGCUGCACGACUACGAGAGAGCCAUCGACUACCACAUCAAACACCUCAUCAUCGCACGGGAGCUCAAGGACAGAGUCGGGGAGGGAAGAGCGUGCUGGAGUUUAGGAAAUGCUCACACGGCCCUGGGGAAUCAUCAGGAUGCCAUUCACUUUGCUGAGAAACAUCUGGAGAUAUCCAUAGAGACUGGAGACAAAAAUAGCGAGGCAACAGCCAGGAUGAACUUGUCAGACCUGAAGUUAUUGCUGGUUCUGGGUCAGAACCCAAGCUCAAGCAUCAACACCAACAGCAGCUCAAACUUUAACAGCAACAGCUCUGUUCUGACUGAGAACCUCAGGAAGCAGAAUACCUUACCAGGCGUUAAAUCAGAAGGAAGGAGGAACAGUAUGGAGGACUUGGAGGUGGUAGGGCUGAGUCCUGAAAAAACUGUGGAGAACUGGGACGAAGGCGUGUUCAGGCCUCCUAAUCCUAAAUCCAGCAUGGCCAAGGCCUCCUCCAAGCUGUUCUUUAUCAACCGGCUCAGAGGGAAGAAACACAAGAAGCACAGCUCUCCUACCAGAGACGGAGUUCUCCAGGACGCCAGCAACAAACCCACAGCCCCAGAGACGGACACACAGAAGUCAGAAGCCGAGAUUGGAGGUUCUGACACUCUGGGUGAUGAAGGCUUCUUCGACCUCCUAAGUCGUUUCCAGGGCAGCAGAAUGGAAGACCAAAGAUGCUCCUUAUUGGACGACCAGAGCAGUCUCACUGACCCCUUCUCUCUCUGUACCACCCCGCCCGUAGCCAUGAGGAAAUUAACUAGUUCCGUGUGCGAGGCCAACCUGGAGCCUGAGCAUUUCCUGGACCUGCUGGCCACCUCCCAGGGCCGUCGGCUGGACGAGCAGAGAGCCAGCGUGGGCAGCAGCUUCCCCGGUCUACGUCUGUGCACCUCCAAUCAUUCCCUCAGUCCCCUGAUGACCAGUGCUGACCAGCCUCAGGCUGAUGAUGUUUUCUUCGACAUGCUAGUCAAGUGCCAGGGUUCUAGACUGAAUGACCAGCGGUGUACAGCGCCCCCUCUCCCCACUAGAGGUUCUACGGUCCCAGACGAGGACUUCUUAAGCCUCAUCCUGCGAUCCCAGGCCAACAGGAUGGACGAGCAGCGGGUCCCACUACCUCCCAGCUCUGACGCUGUCCCUAGCCAGCCCUGCCCAGACUGAUGACCUAUAUGUCUGCCUACCUAUCCUCUAACUUCAGCUCAGCCCUGAACUCCUCAAGCCUGUUCCAGACUGACUAUCCCACUUUUACCUGCCCAGGCAUGAGCUCCUCAAGACUGAUGCAAUCAUCACAUGGUUUCCUCUCCCACAGCUGAAAAUGUAUCUACCCUGUGAACCUAAAUAACCUCUGCCAGACAUUCACGACAACAUUCCCUUUACACUCUGGAUUCACACAGUCAAUUACAUGGGUCUCCAACUCCACACAACUUUCAGUUGAUUAGUGGACAGUCUUCUCUGCAGGGAAACAUGAUCUGAGCCCCCACACUACUGUAGAAUCACCAGAUUUGAGUUGGAAGAAGCGACAUGAACUUGACUCCUGCUGAAAUGUUUUUUUUAUUUUUUAUUUCUAUACAUAGUGUUUGAGUUGACACUUUCGAUUACUGUACAGAAAUGUUAUUCUGGCAGAGAUUUUCAAAUAUUUUUUUUUGAUAUGGUGACGGAUCCUUUCAGCUGUUCUCAGUAUGUGAAGAACCAGACAUUACAAUGAACUUUGACACCAUUUUACCAGAAAUGUCAUAAACACCUUUAAAUGAAAUGUACAUUUUGUGACACGCAAGCUUAUGCUGAUAGAAGAGUAUAGAAAUAGGAUGUGCAGAAAAAUUAAUUGUACAGGUCAGCAAUGUUUUUUUACUUCCAGUUUAUGCUGACCAUGGGAAAAUAAAUCCUAAUUUCAACAGACACUUUUUUUUGUGUGCUUUUACCACAUUUUCUCCCCAAUUUCGUGAUAUCCAAUUGGUAGUUAGUCUUGUACCAUCUCUGCAACUCCUCUACGGACUCGGCAGAGGUGAAUGUCGAGAGCCAUGCGUCCUCCGAAACACGACCCUGUCAAGCCGCACUGCUUCUUGACACACUGCUCGCUUAACCCGGAAGCCAGCCGCACCAAUGUGUCAGAGGAAACACCGUCCAGCUGGCGACCGGCGCCCACUACAAUGAGUCGCUAGAGGGUGAUGGGUCAAGGAAAUCCCGGCCGGCCAAACCCUCCUCUAACCCGGGUGACGCUGGCCCAAUUGUGUGCCAUCUCCCGGUCAUGGCCGGCUGUGACACAGCCUGGGAUCGAAUCCGGGUCUGUAGUGACGCCUCAAGCUGUUUCCAGUAUCCUAAUCCACCCUGAUUCAAUGCUCGCUCAUAACUGGAAGCAAAAUGUCCUUUGGAACUCUAGCUAAAAAGCUACAAUCUACUGGGCUAGGGAAAAAUAUGUUUAGGGAAAGGCAACAUUAAUCAAAUGAAUGGUGGAAAGUCUUUGAACAAUUCACUAUUUAAUGUUUACAGUACAUUCAAAGCUGGUGAAUAUCAGUAAUGUUCAUCAGUGCCUAUCAUCAUGUGGUCAUCACCUUCUGUACAUUUUCAGGCAUCUUACACUGACUAUUCAUAACAGGUCCUACCUCGUCCCCAGGCUCUGUGCUACUGCUUAGAGAGUUGGCUGGUGGAUGCGAUUUAAAAUGGGGCUAGAAGUCCAGGACAAUAACAGUUUUGCAGGGCUAAACCAUAUCGUAAUGUACAUGAUAAGGUUUCUUACUAAUCUUUAACUUCAGGAGAUGGAUAGAGGUCCACUAUGGCUGUCUAUUGAUUCAGAUCUGUCUUUCUUGUGAGUCUGGGGGGGAAAACAAAACUUUUUAGAGGUUAGUUAAGUUACAUUGGUUGAUUUUUGAACUGAAAGAACGUGUUACUUCACACAACCUGUGUUCAAGCCUUGGUUCCUUUUAAGAGUGGGGUCAAUUAUAUUUCAAUUCAAGUGAACUCUUUUGGAGUUUCUGAAUUGACCCCAACACUGGUUCUUUUGUGGUCCAGAUUUCUAGAAUUGGAAAAAAAAAAUUUAACAGGUAACAUCUAACCCCUGUGAUGUCACUCAGGUUGAUCUCACUUGGGGAAGCCGCUGGUUAUGGUGGAGCAUAACCCUCGACCUGGUAGCAUGCUGAGGUGGGCAGGUCUUUGCACUCCGACAUGAACACAGGCAGAGCCGACACUGGGAUCCACUCCUGUUGCUGCAAGACAAACAAGAGGAGAAUUGUUCUGAUGAUGAAUAUUUUGAGUAGAAAGAAUUGUAAAAAGGAGAAUAAAAGCAAGUGAAAUGUAAUAACAGAAGUGCACAUUUGAACAGCAAAUCAAAAUAUUAGGCUUAGAAAUCAGUUGAAGUUAGGGUAAGGGUUCAUGUCUGCUGGCUGUAAACACUGCCUAUAAUGCAUCCUAACCUUGCUGGUGUCUUGGGUAUCGGUGAUGAAUGUGUAGAGGUAGACUGCUGAAAAGCCACACCAAGUAACUCAUCUGCUGUGUGUCCUUGAAAAUAGGAUACAUGUCAUCUCUGUUGGCCAAGGAGAACAGGCACUCUGAUACUGUGUUCCAAAACUAACAGCUAAACAAAAUGGUUAUGGUAAUAAAAUAAGUUUUCCCA